AUGGCGGAGGCGGAGGCGGAGGAGGCGGCGGUGGAGGCGGCGUCGGAGGCGGCAGAGGCGGCGGAGGCGGCGGAGGCGGCGGAGGCGGCGGCGGAGGCGGUGGUGGAGGCGGUGGAGGCGACGGCGGGUGGGGAGGUGGGUGACCGCCCGCUCAACCAGCCGCUCGCCGACAAGAGUGGCGAGCAACGCACGCACGCAGGCCGCGGCGCCUUCCCCUCAGACGCCGCCGCGGCUGCCACCGCCGCGGCUGCCACCGCCGCUGAGGCGAACCGGCAAUCCGCUUCCGCUCCCUCUUUCGCCGCCCGGGCGGCGGAGGAGGAGGAGGAGGAGGCGGCGGAGGAGGAGGAGGAGGAGGAGGUGGAGGAGGAGGAGGAGGAGGCGGCGGAGGAGGAGGAGGCGGCGGAGGAGGAGGCGGAGGAGGCGGAGGCGGAGGCGGAGGAGGCGGAGGCGGAGGAGGCGGCGGAGGAGGCGGAGGCGGAGGCGCGGCGAGUCGCGGAAGAAGAGGCGGCGGCGGCAGCUGCUCAGGCUGAGGCCGACGAGGCUGCAUUGCGGGAGGAUGAGGCUGCCGCAGCGGCGGCGGAACGGAGGGCGGCGGCGGAGGCGGCGGAGGCGGCGGAGGCGGCGGCGGUCGCCGCCGCGGAGGCAGAGGCGGCAGAGACGGAGGCGGCGGCGGCGGCGGCGGCGGCGGCGGCUACUGAGGCUGCCGCAGCUGCAGCGGCCGAGGCGGCGGCGGAGGAGGAGGCGGAGGCGGCGGAGUACGAGGAGGGGUACGAGGAGGGCGACUUUGAGGAGGGUCAGGCGGAAGCGGAGGCAGCGGCGAGGGCGGAGGCGGAGGAGGCGGAGGCGAGGCGGGUGGCGGAGGAGGCGGAGGAGAGGCGGGUGGCGGAGGAGGCGGCGGAGGCGGAGGGAGAGGCGGUGGCGAAGGCGGUGGCGGCAGAGGAGGCGGCAGCGGCAGAGGCGGCGGCAAAAGCGGCGGCAGAGGCGGCGGCGGCAGAGGCGGCGGCGGCAGAGGCGGCGGCGGCAGAGGCGGCGGCGGCAGAGGCGGCGGCGGCAGAGGCGGCGGCGGCGGAGGCGGCGGCGGCAGAGGCGGCGGCGGCAGAGGCGGCGAGGGUGCAGGCGGAACGAGAGGUGGCCGAGGCUGCUGCUCGCAAGGCGGUCGAGCUCGCUGCGGCAGAGGCCGCGAGAGCGCAGGCGGAUAGAUGGCUCCGCAGCCGGCGGGCUGCCGAGCAGGAUCCGCACCUUCACUUCCCCUACGGCGGCGUGGCAGACCUGCGCGGCCGCGACGGCGCUUGCUACAACUUCUUCUCUGCGCCGGGCGUCUCGCUCAACGUCAAGACAGAGGAUGCCACCUUCACGCUGCACGAUGGCAAGCUCACUGUGGACGGCUCCUUCAUCACCGAGGCGCACCUCGUCGCCGGCGCCGGCGUGUGCCCUCCCGAGGCACCGUCGUCCAAAUGCGCCGGCGCCUACAAGAAGCACUUCAACGUCUCGUACCGCGCCUCCGAGCUCACCGAGCAGAACGCCGGCUUCACCUAUCUACGCGGCACCUGCGGCGGCGGGAAGCCCUUCGAGGGCGGCAUCGCGUUUACGAGGCGGUGCGAGGAUGUGCUCGUGCAGUCGCACUUCUCGAGCGCCAACUUCUCUGUGCGGGGCUGGACCUUCGUCGCCGAGGGCGCCAUCGAAGGCUCCGCCGCGCUGUAUGAGGUAGCGACGCCGUACGAGACGCGCUUCGCUUUCUCGCGCUUCGACGCCGCCGAGCAGUUUUCCUCGCCGGCGGUGGACAGCGGGCGGGUGGAAACGGGCGGGGCGGGCGACGCCUCUGCUAUGGAUUAA